AUGAUCGCGAGAACACAGAAACGAAGCAAUUCAAACCGGUUUCCCUCAUCUUUCGAAUGGGUUCUCCACGCUUCUGUCAAGCUAUCCAAAUCUCAUAACGCGAGGAGAUUGGGUCGAUCGAGUCACCGAAUCGGUCAAACGAGUGCACCUUCUCACAUGGCUGACAACGAAAUAAUUAGUCUGGUGGUAAACGAUCCGCUCAUUCUUUCCGCGGUCGCACUUCUCGGUUGGCGGAUUUUCGGGACGCCGAGAAGGACUCUCAAGCUCUCAGGUUUAUUCCGCCGAAAAACUCCAAGAGCGAGGAAAAACCCCAGACUCGCCAAGCUCGCCUCCCUUCCCUUUCCCCAAGCAGCUGACAGCAGCUUUGACGAGGAUGACCUGGAAAAGUCGGAGGGCACUCUAGUUUCGGACUCGCUUGAUCCAUAUCACGUCGUUAGCAAAACGUUCGACGCAUCCCUGAUCGCGCGGGCCAACUCGUUCGAACCCACUCCCGUCCCCGAACCCAUCUUUAAACGAGAAGAAUUCGACGAAAAGGCGCCCAUUGCAGCUCCUGUAGUGUUCUCGCCAAAACUUUCUGACAGUUCGCCAUGGGUGUUCCCUCGCGAAACAAAAGGCAGGUUUUCAUCGACCACCUCAACCGAUUUGACACAACUUAACCUUCUCUUCAUCUACUGUAGAAGAAACAUCUCCUCCGGCAUUAUUGCCACACGCCAGCCUGCGGCAGCAUCGAAGAAUUCUCUAGCAUAUAUAUAUAUAUACUCCCCUCCCCCUUAA